AUGUCACCUUGCAACUCAAACUCUUCAAAUUCAACUGCUGUGGAAUUAACAAUGCACGCCGUCAAGAAAAGACGUCUCAGCAGUACGGCAGCGGCUGCGGCAGUGACAGGAGAACAAGUGCAACAAGUACAAAUAUCGCCAACAACACAGAAUGCUUACAAUUCUCCAGGUGUUGAAAGUAAGGCAACUUCAUUUCAUGCAAGUCCCAACAGAGCAAGUCCAACUACAACCCCAGUACCGACAGCAAUUUUCAUGCCUGCUGAAUUCUAUAAAAGCCUCUUCGCAAGUGCGGUGUUGCAGCAAAAGCAAAAACAACACCAAGAACAACAGAAACACUUAAGUCUGACGCAUAAGCAAAAUGUAUUCCAGCAAUAUCAGCACAGUUACCAACAACAGCAACUACAGCAACUCCAACAACAACAACAACAACAACAGCAGCAAUUGCAAUACAAACAGGAAUCACAUAGUUCAACACCGCCUAUGGAGCAAGAGCAAGAACAUUCGCAUAGUGUGCAUCAAAGGCUUUACACACCAACGCCAAUGCCAACACAAACACCAACUUCAACACCACAUUUUGCGCGUAAUUUACUUUUCUCCACAUCCGCUGCCGCUGUAGCACAUGUUGCUGCUGUAGCGGAAACUGUGAAGCGCACACGAACGGAAAUGACAGCGGCUGCUAUUGUGGAAGAUGGCGGUGAUUCGAAUGGCAGUAAUCAUAAACCAACAAAUUACGUUUGGCCAUUGCCAACUAACACAACAACAACAGAACUAAACAACAACAAUACUAAUUUAUCAGUGUUACCAUCAUCUGCACCAGGUACUCCAACACCUCCGGUAACAAAUCAUAGUUUGGAAGCUACGCAACAAAAUUUUGACAAUUCUGUAAAAUCUCCAAAACAAACAACCUCAAUCACAACAAAUCUAUCGCUGCACUCACCAACAUCUCAGCGACAUCUAUCGAUAAGUGAUAGUAGAUUAUCUGGUAAUAGUAACGGUGACACAAACUAUAAAUCUCACGGUUUACUUCAACAAAGCCCAACCUCAGCUGCUGCAGCAGCAGUUGCAGCAACAAUGCCGAUCGGUGGUGUGCAGGGUCAAAAUCCAACCCAAGGUUUGGUACAUUGGAUGAGCGCUGUUAUGGCUGAACAUAUGACUGGACAAACACAUCACGAUCCCACAGCUGUGGGUAUGCAUUAUAUGUGGAAUGGCAAUGUCGAUUGCGGACAACACACCAAAGAAAUCGGCGAUUAUAAUGGUUGGCCACCAACACCACGCAACCACAUGUCCAUGAAGCAGGGAUAUGAGGCUAAGAUGAAUGAUCAUCAUAACAACUUGCAAAAGGGACACUUUUUGGAUGAUAAUCGAUUGGAUCAUCAUUCAGUAACAACACCGCAAACCAAUCAAAUGACUGCUUUAUAUGGUCCUGGUGCCGCUUUACGCGCUGUAGCAACAUCUAACAACAAUGUGUCAGGUAGUGGAGGAGGUGUUAUUGGUGGAGCUGGUGGUACACAUCAUGGUAAUCAUGUUGGUCAUCAUAGCUCAGCUGUAGCAGCAGCAUCAGCUGCAUUACUUGUGGUACCCCAACCUAUAAAUGCAACCAAAAUUAGCGCUUCUCUCGGCGGCGGUGGCGGUGGCUCAGGCCGCAAGUAUCAAUGUAAAAUGUGUCCACAGAUCUUCAGUUCCAAAGCAGAUUUGCAGUUACACACACAGAUUCACAUGCGCGAAGCAAAACCCUACAAAUGUACACAAUGUUCCAAGGCAUUCGCCAACUCUUCGUAUUUAUCCCAACAUACUCGCAUACAUUUGGGAAUCAAACCCUAUCGUUGUGAGAUUUGUCAGCGUAAAUUCACUCAACUCUCACAUUUACAACAACACAUACGCACACAUACCGGCGAUAAGCCCUACAAAUGUAGACAUCCUGGUUGUCAGAAGGCUUUUUCACAACUUUCAAACUUACAAUCUCAUUCGCGUUGCCACCAAACAGACAAACCAUUUAAAUGCAACUCAUGCUAUAAAUGUUUCUCAGAUGAACCAUCACUUUUGGAGCAUAUACCCAAGCACAAAGAGUCCAAACACCUUAAGACCCAUAUAUGCCAAUAUUGUGGUAAGUCGUAUACGCAAGAAACAUAUCUCACUAAACACAUGCAAAAACAUUCCGAACGCACCGAUAAGCGACCACCAAUUGUGGCCACUAAUUCCAGUAAUGGUGCUGGCAAUGGAAACAAUAUGCCGACUGUAGGCAGUGCAGGUUCAAAUGCUACAAAUAGCAAUGGUAAUAUAUAUAAUGAUCAGUUGCAAAGUAAUUUUUUAAAAUCAGGUUUAACAAUAGUUUCUAUAGCACCCACCGAACAUUCCUAUUGGCCGAAAGUUAGUCCAGACUCGGCAGCUAAUAUGACUGAUGUAAUGCAUCAGCAACAGCAACAACAUCAUCACCACCAACAGCAUACCAAUCAACCGCAACAGCACGCACCACCACCACAUCAUCAACAACAACAACAGCAGCAACAACAACCACCUCAACAACAGCAUAUGGAUUUCCCACCAGUAAAUACCCAUCAAACGUCAGUGGCUGCUAAUGGACAUGCUAAUGGACAUCCAGAUUUGCAUGGUACCCAUCAUCGGAUGUCUGACAAUGGAAGAGAAGACAUAGUUUCUACACCAUCAACAAUUGGACCUUACGACGCUGCUAGCAUUACGAAGACCACCAGUAAUUCAGCAUUUACGCCAAUCAAUUCUAUGCCACCGCAUUUGAAUACUCUUAGCCAUCACCCAAUGGCGCAACGUCCUUAUCUUUAUGAUGCUAUCAGCUUUCAAAACAAAAAUGUCAAUCAAAACAAUGCCAAUGCAUUUCCUAAUCAAUUGAUAUCCUUGCAUCAAAUACGUAAUUAUGCACAUCAGCCCGCUGGCUUAAUGGCUGGAGAACAUCUCUUGGGUGUUAGUGUUGGACCCGGCAAAGACAAAGGAUAGCUAUACUUCUAAAUUUAAAUACAAAGAUUUGGUAUUUAAAGCUGAAAGCAACAGAACAAGAAUAUUUUACUAUUUAAAAAUAAUAGCAAGCAUUUUAAGGUACUUAUUUUAGUUAGUCUGUAGUUAGAGAGGUCGUAUU